AUGUCCCGACCCAAUCCAACCAAUCCCAAUCCCAAUCCCAAUCCGACGCCGAUCUCAUCAUAUCUUCCUGAUCCAAAUGGAUGGAUAGAUACAGCACCUAAAUCACGUAAAUCAUCUCAACAUCUACAACAACCACAGCAAAGACCGUUGAUAUCCUUCAAUCAUGGAAUCGCUACCCCCCAAAGUUCAACUUCGGCGUAUAGACGUCCUCGACCUAAUUCCACCUUGAAUCCCACUCGUGGGGCAGGACCUUCCUCAUCUACUUCUACAUCUACAAUAAGAAAGAGGCUACAUGACGUGACGCCUACUACCAAAAAUGUACAUGUACAGGGUCAAGGUCAAGGGACAUUAAAGAAUUACUUCAAUACCCCAAUAACAGAAUCGAAAACUGGUUCAAACUCGUCAUCAUAUAAAGGUAAAGGUAAAGCAACAAACAUUGCAGACAGAACACCUUUGAGCGAAAAAGGAAGUCCGAUACCGCAAACUACAAGUGGUUUGAUAUUUGGGAAAAAGAAAAGUCAUGGUAUAUCAAAAGGAAGUAAAUUGAAAAUCCAUAGAGAUGAUUUCUGGGGUUCGGGCUCAGAACCCGAGGUUGAAGCUGAAGCUGGAGAAUUGAAAGGAGACCCACACGAAAAGGAUGAAGAUGAAAUACGACCAGUCACUAUCCCACACUUGAAAUCAGGAGAAAAGAAAAUACAUCGUUCACAGGGAGGUAUUACUAGGGAGAAGACAGGUAUAUCCUAUCCACAAGAGAUGGAUGAAUUGCCACCACCCGCUCAAUCAACUAGAUCAAAGAUAAAAUCACCUUCACCACUGAAGAUCAUAAGACAAACGAAAUCACCUUCGUUGCCUCCACUCACAUCUUCUUUAUCACCUGAAAUCGAGACUGAACCUACUGAACCUCGUGAACCAUCAUAUUCGCCACCUAACUCUGAUAGGUCUCAGGAGCGUACUCCUUCUCCUAUCAAAGUUACGCAUCCACUUUCCACUCCGUACGUUAUGCCCCCUGACCCACCAUCAUCUGUCCUAAGAAAACACCUACGGUUUUGUGGUCAAGCGAAAGAUCAAUUGGCAGCUCCUUCUCCUUGGCGCAAACGUCCUCCUCUCACCCCUGCUCGUGCUCCACCAGCUUUACAUCCAAUUCCAGAUGGCACUCAACCGAAUCAAGGUGUCAACGAACGACAGGAUAUUGGUAAAAAGAGGAAAAGGGAAUCUGUCACUAAGAAAGAUGAAAUUGAUCUUAGAGUAUUGACUUCAGUACAAGAGAGAAGACAUAAAACAUCUUCACCACAUGGUAAAUCCCAAGAAAAGAAACUGGUUGAUUUAUCUUCUUCCGAUCCUCCUCCGGAAGGUAUAAAAUUGAAGGAACUAGUUGAAUUAUCAUCUUCCGAUCCACCAGAAAUAACGGACACUCCUAUCAAACCUACCCAUUUCCACAAAGACCAAAAAAGGAAAGGUUUAACGCCUGUCAAACUGAAUGCUUUACGAAACACCUUCAGCUCAACAAAUAUUGGUAAAACGUCACCAGGAAAAUCACCUAUAACACCGAAAAGAAAGUUAAAGAAGGGAAUACCUAUAUCGCCUUUACCUAGAACAUCAGUUAUCGAAAGGCCAAGAUCGAUUUCUCCUUCUCCUAUCAAAUCUGCUUUAUCUCUCAAUCGCCAACAACAGCAUACACCAAAGAAAGCAUCAACUCAGAAACAUUAUCAAAUCACCCCACCCAAAUCGUGUAGACCGAAAAUGUCAGAAAGACAAGAAACUUUGUUUAUACUUCCUGAUCCACCAAGACAACCUCAUUUCCCCUCGGAAGAAAAAAGUACAGGAGUGAGAGAGUGGAAAGUUGCAGAAAUGGAACCGGAAACUCUGCUAGACUGGGGUUUGGAUUCUGAUGAAAGCGAACGCGAAGGUGAUCCAGGGGUCGAAUGCGAUAAGAUAGCGGAUCAAGAGGGGGAAGCAGAAUUACAAUGGACGAAAAUGAGAAGCCCGUCUUCAGAACCUCCUCUAUUUAGCCCUUCGGGUUCUCCUAUACGCUCACCGGGUAGACGACCAAGUCUCGGUGAAAGGUGGUCCAGUAAAAGCAUCGAACCUACCAUACUAUCACAGAAUUUUCCCCAGUUAAUACCUUCGUCACCUGUCGAGCGGGGUUCAUCUUCGUCCGCUCCACCGUCGUCUCAGAGGGACGGUGAAGGCGACAGAGACAAUCAGGCAAGAUCAGGAAAUAGGGGUCAUCUGCGUACAGGAGAGAAGGAGAAAGGAGAAUCAAAAUGGGACCAUUUGCAACGUGGAAUCUUAGCUUCCACUCCUACGUCCCAUUCUCCCUCUCCGUCCACUUCUUCCCAAAAUGCCAACAAGAGAAAAUCGAAGUCUCGUCUGACAAAUGAGAAGGAACAAAGCAAACUUGCCUCUUUCGGAUUUUUCGGUGACAGACCUAAGAAAAAGCUAAAGAGGGAUUUCGACAAACGUUGGGAUGAUGAAGAAGAUUUUGACUUUCCCGAAGAUAAACAUCCUUCUUCUGAACAAGAUAAAGCCCAAGAAGGAAUUAGUAAUAAAGGGAUAUUAAUGAGUAAAGUUCCUGAAGCACCUCACCAUCCUUCUCUAAGGCCUGCCGGGAUCCAAGAACUCGAAAAAAGAGCCAGGGCCUCAGGAAGUCAUUCUGAAGGGAAACCAACCUCUUCAUUGACGAAGAAAAGGAGAGGAACCUCUUCAUCACCUGAAAUUGAACCUCCUCUUUUUGAAAGAACCGAUUCCGUUACCCUUGUUUUCUCCCCGGGUGCAGACUCAAAUGAUAUUGGACAGUCAACAACUAGUAGUUCUCAAUCUGACGAGAUGAAGACUCCCGGCUCAACAAGAGAUUGGUUUGAUAAGCUGGGUAAUAGAAGAGGGAGUGAGUUUGGUACGAUGGAUUAA